GGGCCUCGCUGUGAAGAUGCCUCGUGGCCAGCUCUGUCAACCAGAAAAAUCUUUCAUCUGGGGCAGAGCUAAAACUUUGCUGAGCACCUGCCUCUCCUUCCCCAGAUGUCCCCAGAACAGAGACCACUGGGAAGAAGAAGAUCCUCUUCACCAAGAUUGACAUCAAAAGUGAAGAGAACGUGCCACGUCAGGCUGCCUGCCGUAAACGGGACCGGCAGAGGAGCCUGAAAUUGUGGGAAGAGGUCCAGGAGAGGAUGGAGAAGACCGAGCAACCACAGGAACGCAGCAUCGUCCAGGCCCUCUCUUCCAUCGCCACUCUGUUUCGGCUGAAGCAGAGUGGGCAAAUGGCCGUCCCGGAGCCAGGAAACAAGGACCUCUACGGCCUUGCUGUCUUGGCUCUGAUGGAGGACAACAAUCUGAGCAGCUUCACGGCAGGACUGGCUGCUUUCCUGGCCAUUUAUGACAUCAGCAAGCUUCCACCGGCCAUGAGCCCAGAAGUGGAGUCCCGGCUGCUGGAGAUGUCUCGGGUCGUGUGGUUGUCCUGCAUGAAGAUCGGGCAGGAGACGGUGUCAGAGGGGGAGAAGAAGUUGCUGGGGGAGGCCUUUGGCCUCAUGCUUCGAGGGCUCCUUCAGCAGUGUGCAACAACACCGCACAUCAUUUUCAUUCUGAAGCACUUCGAGGAACAUGGCUGGGAAUGUUUCUCGUACGCCUGGGACCAGCUUCUCUUCUGUGCGGCCCAUCAAAGCACCAUCAACCUCACCGAAGCCCAGCAAAACUUUCCACACUUUCCGGUGGGAAUUGAGCUGCCCGAAGAUCAAGACGGCUUCAUCAAUGAAGGUGACAUCACAGUAGAGGACCUAUGACUUCCUCCUCCCACCACCGUUAGCCGAGGAUGGAUACACAAGUUCCAUGGACCAUCAGUCGUUUGAAGAACAGACGUCUCUGCCACCCAUCUCCACCUUCGAUGUUC